UCAAUGGGCUCUUAGUUGUUUUGUUUAGAUUUGCCCAUUCUCUAAUCUCUCUUACAAAAACUAUAAAAUUGUUUUAAAAAAAAAAAAAAAUCGUCAUUCAACAAAAAGAAAAAUCAUAAAAAAAAAAUGUUUAGUUACAUAAUAUUUCAAACAAAAAAAAAAAUUUAUAUAUAAACCUAUAUCUAUAUAUAAAUAUAUGUCAAAUAUAUGUUGCUGUAUUGCAAAUUUUUAUAAUACAUUAGUAGUACACUCAAUUUUCUUUGAAUUCAUCAUUUUCAUCGUCGUCCUCUUCUUCUUCUUGAAUAUCACCUCUUUCCUUUUCCAAAUCCUCAGCAGCCUUCUUGAAGUCGAUUUGCUUACCCCUGGUUCUUCUGCCCCCGGUGAUGAUAUUGGAUUGGUCAAUUUCUAAUAACUCAUCUUCUUCACCAUCUUCUAAUCCUAAAUCGUCUUCAUUCUCAUCGUCCUCUUCUUCGUCAUCUUCGUCGGCCUUUUCUUCCUUUUCCUUAGGCAAGUCGUCAUCAUAUUGGCGUCUUCUUUGUUUCUUUUUCUUCUUUUGUUCUCCUUCUGAUGGUCUCUUCUUAUUUUCUUUAACUUCUUUUUCUUCUUCUUUUUCUACUUUUUCUUUUUCUUCGACUUCUUUUUCUUCGACUUCUUUUUCUUCUUUUUCUUCGACCUUAACAGGCCUUUGCUCGUUUACUUUGGUUUCACUGGACAUUUUCAAUUGUUUAAUACCUCUGGGAACUUGUUGUUGGUGGAAUUUUUCAAUUCCAGUUCCAGUUUUGCUCACCUGUUUGGUUUUGGGCGUGUUUGCACGACCACCGGUUUCUGCUAACAAAAAAAAGUAUCAAAGUCUUCACUUCAUUAUCAAU